AUGGGUCUACUCAGAGGCGGGUCCCCAUGUGCUCGAGUCAUGGCGCGCCUGGGCGCCGUGCGCUCCCAUUACUGCGCACUGCUGCUGGCUGCGGCGCUGGCGGUCUGUGCCUUCUACUAUCUUGGCUCGGGUCGGGAGACCUUCUCCAGCGCCACCAAGAGGCUGAAGGAGGCCCGCGCUGGGGCCCCUGUCGCGCCCUCGCCGUUCGCGCCCGAGGUGGCACGGAGCUCCGCGGCGCCGGCCCCGGGCGCCAAAGCCAAAAGCCUGGAGGGCGGGGGGACCGGGCCGGUGGAUUACCACCUGCUGAUGAUGUUCACCAAGGCGGAGCACAACGCCGCACUGCAGGCCAAGGCCCGCAUCGCGCUGCGAUCGCUGCUGCGCCUCGCCAAGUUCGAGGCGCACGAGGUGCUUAAUCUGCACUUCGUGAGCGAAGAAGCCAGCCGAGAGGUGGCCAAGGCCCUGCUGAGGGAGCUACUGCCGCCAGCCGCCGGCUUUAAGUGCAAGGUCAUCUUCCAUGAUGUUGCUGUGCUGACAGACAAGCUCUUCCCGGUCGUGGCAGCCAUGCAGAAGCACUUCAGCGCUGGCUCAGGGACAUAUUACAGCGACUCCAUCUUCUUCCUCUCGGUGGCCAUGCAUCAGAUCAUGCCCAAAGAGAUCCUGAGGAUCAUUCAGUUGGACCUAGACCUCAAGUAUAAGACCAACAUCCGGGAGUUGUUUGAGGAGUUCGACAAUUUCCUACCAAGCGCCGUCAUUGGCAUAGCCAGAGAGAUGCAACCGGUGUACAGGCACACGUUCUGGCAGUUUCGCCAUGAGAACCCCAAGACCCGGGUUGGGGGCCCUCCUCCUGAGGGGCUUCCUGGCUUCAACAGCGGGGUGAUGUUGCUGCACCUGGAAGCCAUGCGCCAGUCCCCACUCUACAGCCGCCUGCUGGAGCCGGCGUGGGUACAGCAGCUCACCGACAAGUACCACUUCCGCGGCCACCUCGGGGACCAGGACUUCUUUACCAUGAUUGGCAUGGAGCACCCCGAACUCUUCCACGUGCUAGACUGUACCUGGAACCGUCAGCUUUGCACCUGGUGGAGGGACCAUGGCUACAGUGACGUCUUCGAGGACUACUUCCGGUGUGAGGGUCACGUCAAGAUCUAUCACGGGAACUGCAACACUCCUAUCCCAGAGGACUAG